AGCGCGGCAGAACAAGCACAAUCAAAUCACAAGGGUUUUGUAAACUAACACCUCCUUCGGUCCUUCUCCCUCACCUUUCUUCUCGUGUUUAUCCCUCAAUCCAUUCUCUACAUUAAUUCAAAGCAAUGAACGCCGAUAACCAGAGACGGGACCGCAAGGAUUUUGGGCGGAGACCAAAGAAGCAGAAGCUGAUCCGUAACGCCGAAGAAGAACUUGACUCGAAAUUCGGUUUCAAUCUAUUCACAGAAGGAGAUAAACGCCUUGGGUGGCUCCUCAAUUUUGCACCCUCAUCUUGGGAGGAUCAAGAAACGCGCAAAACGCACAGUUGUGUUGAUCUAUACUUUGUUUCCCAGGAUGGUUCUACUUUCAAGUCGAAGUUCAAAUUCCGUCCUUAUUUCUAUGCUGCUACAAAGGAUAAAAUGGAAAUGGAUGUUGAGGCCUAUUUGCGGAGGCGCUAUGAAAGUCAAAUUGCUGAUAGUGAGAUUGUGGGAAAGGAGGACCUAGAUCUUAAAAACCAUUUGUCUGGUUUACACAAACGAUAUUUGAAAAUAUCAUUUUCUACUGUUCAACAAUUAAUGGAUGUGAAGAAAGAUCUAUCACAUGUUGUUGAAAGAAACCAGGCAAAGUUUAAUACUGCAGAAGCAUAUGAGUCCAUAUUAACAGGGAAAAGAGAACAACGGCCUCAAGAUUUUCUAGAUUGUAUACUUGAUCUCCGAGAGUAUGAUGUGCCAUACCAUGUUCGUUUUGCCGUUGAUAAUGAUAUUCGUUGCGGGCAAUGGUACGAUGUUAGUGUAUCCAGUAGCGGUGUUAUGCUUGAAAAGAGGACUGAUCUUCUACAACGUGCUGAAGUCCGCAUAUGUGCAUUUGAUAUUGAAACUACCAAGCUUCCUUUGAAGUUUCCAGAUGCUGGAUACGAUUUGAUAAUGAUGAUAUCAUACAUGGUUGAUGGACAAGGCUAUUUAAUUAUUAACAGAGAGUGUGUAGGGGAAGAUAUAGAGGAUAUAGAGUACACACCAAAACCAGAAUUUGAAGGGUGCUUCAAAGUGACCAAUGUGCAAAAUGAGGUGGAACUUCUUAGGCAGUGGUUUACCCACAUGAGAGAGGUAAAACCCGGUAUUUAUGUUACAUACAACGGUGAUUAUUUUGACUGGCCAUUCCUGGAAAGCAGAGCAGCUUAUCAUGGGUUGAAGAUGAGUGAUGAGGUUGGAUUUUCAUGUGACAAGAAUCAGGGGGAGUGCCGUUCUAAAUUUGCUUGCCAUUUGGAUUGUUUUGCUUGGGUCAAACGUGAUAGUUAUUUGCCUCAGGGGAGUCAGGGCCUUAAGGCUGUUACAAAGGCAAAAUUGGGAUAUGAUCCAUUGGAGGUGAAUCCAGAAGACAUGGUACGCUUUGCAAAAGAAAAGCCUCAGAUGAUGGCCUCUUAUUCAGUUUCUGAUGCUGUUGCAACUUAUUAUUUGUAUAUGACCUACGUUCAUCCGUUCAUUUUCUCUCUUGCAACAAUAAUUCCUAUGUCACCGGAUGAAGUUUUACGCAAAGGCAGUGGUACACUAUGUGAAAUGCUUCUUAUGGUGCAGGCAUACAAGGCGAAUGUUAUCUGCCCUAACAAACACCAAUCUGACCCUGAGAAAUUCUAUAAGAGCCACCUUCUUGAGAGUGAGACGUAUAUUGGUGGCCAUGUGGAGUGCCUUGAAAGUGGUGUUUUCAGAUCUGAUCUACCAACUAGUUUUAAGCUUGAUCCAUCCGCAUAUGAUCAACUGAUAAAAAACUUGGACCGAGAUCUUCAAUAUGCCAUAAGAGUGGAGGGUAAGAUGGACUUGGAUACUGUCUCCAAUUAUGAUGAAGUGAAGAAUGCUAUCGUGGAAAAGCUUGCGAGGUUAAGGGAUGAACCUGUACGUGAGGAGUGCCCCCUUAUUUAUCAUCUAGAUGUGGCAGCAAUGUAUCCGAACAUUAUUUUGACAAACAGGCUUCAGCCGCCAUCUAUAGUUACAGAAGAGAUUUGUACUGCCUGUGACUUCAACCGUCCAGACAAAACUUGUCUUAGAAGGCUUGAAUGGGUUUGGCGUGGAGAGAUCUUUAUGGCAAAGAAAAGUGACUAUUAUCAUUUGAAGAAGCAAAUUGAGUCUGAAUUUGUCGAUGGCACUGAUGGUCAGUUGUCAAAAUCUUUUCUUGACCUUCCCAAGAUGGAGCAACAAUCAAAGCUCAAAGAGCGUCUAAAGAAAUACUGUCAGAAGGCAUAUAAACGGGUACUUGACAAACCUGUCACCGAAGUUCGAGAAGCAGGGAUAUGCAUGCGUGAAAACUCAUUUUAUGUUGAUACUGUUCGGAGUUUUCGGGACAGAAGAUACGAAUAUAAAGGACUUAACAAGGUUUGGAAAGGGAAGUUGUCAGAAGCAAAGGCUAGUGGAAAUUCCAUUAAGAUCCAGGAAGCACAGGAUAUGGUUGUGCUUUAUGAUUCACUGCAACUUGCACACAAGUGUAUACUUAAUUCGUUCUAUGGAUAUGUCAUGCGGAAGGGUGCAAGAUGGUACUCAAUGGAAAUGGCUGGUGUAGUUACAUAUACAGGAGCUAAAAUAAUUCAGAAUGCUCGUUUGCUUGUUGAAAAAAUUGGAAAACCACUUGAAUUGGACACAGAUGGUAUUUGGUGUGUGCUUCCUGGAUCUUUUCCGGAGAAUUUUACAUUCAAAACAAUGGAUUUGAAGAAAAAACUGACGAUCUCAUAUCCCUGUGUUAUGCUUAAUGUUGAUGUUGCAAGAAACAAUACAAAUGAUCAAUACCAGACACUUGAAGAUCCUGUAAAUAAAACAUAUGAAACUCAUAGUGAAUGCUCAAUUGAAUUUGAAGUGGAUGGCCCGUACAAGGCAAUGAUUCUUCCUGCUUCUAAGGAAGAAGGAAUUUUGAUUAAGAAGCGAUAUGCUGUUUUCAAUGAUGAUGGAACCCUUGCAGAACUUAAAGGUUUUGAAAUCAAGCGUAGGGGUGAGCUGAAGCUCAUCAAAGUUUUCCAGGCUGAGCUUUUUGAUAAGUUCCUCCAUGGAUCAACCUUAGAGGAAUGCUAUUCUGCUGUAGCUGCUGUAGCCAACCGCUGGCUUGAUCUUCUUGAUAAUCAAGGAAAAGAUAUUGCUGACAGUGAAUUGCUCGAUUACAUAUCUGAAUCAAGCACAAUGAGCAAGUCCUUGGUAGACUAUGGUCAACAAAAGUCAUGUGCAGUAACCACUGCAAGACGUCUUGCAGAUUUUCUUGGUGAUACAAUGGUUAAAGAUAAGGGAUUGCGUUGUCAAUAUAUAGUAGCUUGUGAACCAAGGGGUACACCUGUGAGUGAGCGUGCUGUUCCUGUUGCAAUAUUUGAAACUGAUACUGAAAUAAUGAAGUUCUAUUUACGAAAAUGGUGCAAGACUUCAUCAGAUGUAGGCAUCAGAUCCAUCAUUGAUUGGUCCUAUUACAAGCAACGACUCAGUUCAGCAAUUCAGAAAAUCAUUACAAUUCCUGCUGCAAUGCAGAAGGUUGCAAAUCCUGUCCCUAGGGUUGUUCAUCCUGAUUGGCUGCAUAAAAAGGUUCGUGAAAAGGAGGAUAAAUUUCGUCAAAGAAAAUUGAUUGAUAUCUUCAGCUUAUCCAACAAGGAUGAUUCAUUAAGGAAGACCACUGAUGUUGUUACAGCCAGUUAUAUGAUGGAUAAGGAGAAUGUUGAGGAUUUGGAAGACUUCCAAAACAAAAGGAAUUCUAUAAAUGGGCCUAGACCAAUUGUUCGUUGUUAUGAGGUUAACAAUGAAAAAUGUUCACUCAAGGCAACUGGGAGAAUGGAUUUUUCAGAACAGAAACUUGAUAACGGUGAAAGUGCGUCUGAAAUGUCUAUUGAAAAUAUUGAUAGAAAUGUAGAUUAUCAAGGGUGGCUUGAACAGAAGAAAAGAAAGUGGAAAGAUACUUUGGACCGGAGGAAGAGGCAAAGGUUGGGCAAUUUGAGGAAUUCAAAUCGUGCCAAUGGUGCUUAUGAGCCACUAGGCAGUAUGAUGAAUCAUAAGAAAGAUCAGCGCCGGACUGGUGUUGGUUCAUAUUUUACAACACAUGAAAUUGCCCUUACACAAUGCCACUGGCAGAUAAUACAGCUGCUUCCAAGUCCACAUAUUGGCCAAUUUUUUGCUUGGGUCACUGUUGAAGGAAUCAUGCUUAAGAUUCCUAUAACAGUUCCAAGAGUAUUUUACCUUAACUCUAAAGCACCAAUAACAGAAAGAUUUCCUGGAAGGCAUGUGAAGAAGACUCUUCCUCAUGGAAGGCAUUGCUAUAAUUUAGUUGAGGUUGUCAUUGAUGAAGAUAAAUUUAGAAAAGAAAGCAAAAAACUUGCAGCUCUUCUUGCAGAUCCGGAAGUUGAGGGAAUAUAUGAAACAAAGGUGCCAUUGGAGUUUAAUGCCAUCCUCCAGAUUGGUUGUGUCUGUAAAGUGGAUAAAACAGCCAUGAAACGGAAUGCACAGGAUGGCUGGAGUCUGAAUGAACUGCAUAUGAAGACAACAACGGAAUGUUCUUAUUUGGAGCAAUCAGUCUCCUACUUUUACCUCUAUCAUAGCAUCUCUGAAGGACGUGCUAUAUUUGUUGUCUACAUGCCUAUAUUGAGAACUGUAUCUGUUGUGGUGGUCAAUCCUUAUCAAAAUAAGGAUUUAUCACCAUCUUUUCUUGAAAGACAAUUUCGCGAAGCUUGCCAUGCAUUAUCUGUUGAACCACCCCCUCCUAGGAAUGGUAUUGUUUGCAAGGUUGAUUAUGUUGGGUAUGUGAAGGAUGCUCAAAGGGUGUUACAGGGAACAAUAAGUGAAAUCAGAGAUAAACACCAUGGACCUACACUUGCUGUUACCGAAUGCCCAAAUGCUCAGCUGAUGAAAUCAGGCAUUCCAGCUCUUGAUAAUUUCCCUUGUGUGAAUAUACCUUCCAAUGCUCGUGACAGUCAGUAUCCGGUCCUUGGGUGGCAACAAGCAGCUGCAAAAAUUGGAAUGCAACGUUCUGUGGCAUCAUCUCAGUGGUUGAAUGAAAGGAUUUCUCUUUCAAGAUAUGCCCAUGUACCACUGGGGAACUUUGAACUUGACUGGCUCAUAUUUACAGCAGAUGUCUUCAUGUCUAGAGCACUGCAUGAUCAGCAACAGUUACUAUGGAUAUCUGAUGAUGGUGUUCCAGAUCUAGGAGGCAUUAGUGAAGAAUCUACUUGUUUUGCAGAUGAGGUCCAUCAACCUGUUAUUACAUACCCUGGAGCAUAUAGAAAAGUUUCUGUAGAGUUAAAGAUUCAUCACCUGGCUGUAAAUGCUCUGCUGAAAAGCAACCAAGUGAAUGAAUUGGAAGGAGGUGCUUUGUUAGGAUUUGACCAGGACAUAAAUUCUGGUUCACACAUUUCAGAUGAUCAAUAUGGCUUUGAUGAGGCUACCUCAUGUGCUCCUGCAUUACGUGUCCUGAAACAGCUGAUCCAGAGGUGCCUUGCAGAUGCAGUCACAUCGGGCAAUGUCUUUGCCGAUGCAAUGUUGCAACAUCUUUAUCGAUGGCUUUGCAGCCCCCAAUCAAAGCUUCAUGACCCAGCUCUUCACCGAAUACUCCACAAGGUCAUGCAAAAGGUGUUUGCUUUGCUGUUGGCUGAACUUCGCAAAUUAGGUGCCUCAAUCAUAUUUGCAAAUUUUUCAAAGGUUAUUAUAGACACUGGAAAGUUCAGUCUAUCUGCAGCAAAAGCUUACUGUGAUAGCUUGCUCAAAACUUUGCAAACUAGAGAACUAUUUGAAUGGAUUGAGCUUGAACCUAUGCAGUUUUGGCAUUCCUUGCUUUUUAUGGACCAGUAUAACUAUGGUGGAAUUCCAGCCAAAGCUGAUGACACUUCAGCGAAUGAAUCACAAGGCGAUAAUUCCCAAAGAGAUCAAUCACAAGUGGAUAUUGUAUCAAGCUGGAAUAUUGCAGAGUACUUGCCCAAGAAAAUUCAGGAUCAUUUUGUUUUAAUUGUUUCAGAAUUUAUGUUUAUUCCCUGGGAUUAUGCUCAAAAGCAAGAUGCAAAGAGAGCAUCUUUGCAGGAUGUCAGCUCAUGUACUCCAUCAAUCACCAUUGCAGCUGCUGAGACAUUUGAAUCGCACUUGGUGGAACACCUUAAAGGGCAGAUCAGCACUUACUUCACAGACAAACUUCUUGGAAUUGUUCGUGAUACUCUUCUUCAUAUGAAGGGGAUAAACAAGCCAGAGGAUGAAAGACAAAUUUCUUCUGGUUUUUCACAGAUUGGGGGUAGCAUUCCUAAAGGGGAUCCUGCAUUGGAAUUCAUUAAGCAUGUCUGUGCUGUUCUGGCCCUUGACAAUAAUGUGCAGCAUGAAGUUCUGGUGAUGAGAAAAAAUCUAUUAAAAUAUGUACGAGUGCGGGAAUUUGCUCCUGAAGCUGAGUUUCAUGACCCCUGCCCUUCCUUUGUCUUGCCAAAUGUAAUUUGCAGCUACUGCAACGACUGCCGAGAUCUGGACUUGUGUCGUGACUCGGCCUUACUGGCUCAGGAGUGGCGUUGUGCUGUCCCACAGUGUGGCCAGCCUUAUAACCGAGAGGUGAUGGAGAAUGCUCUUCUUCAAAUUGUCCGGCAAAGGGAACGUCUCUAUCAUUUACAGGACCUGGUGUGCACAAGGUGCAACCAGGUUAAAGCUGCACAUUUAGCAGAACAAUGUGCAUGUGCUGGAUCAUAUAGAUGCAAGGAAGAUGUGUCUGAAUUCCGCAGGAAAAUGCAGAUUUUCUUAAAUGUAGCAAUUCACCAGAAGUUUCAACUCCUUCAAGAGUGCACUUCAUGGAUUUUAGAAGUUCAAUAGCUGUUGGCCUCAAAUGUUUCAUAUUCAUAGAACACAACUAAACUUCAUGCUGCUCGGCUGCCUGCCUGCCUAUGGCCACUGGACUUGGUAAAGUAAGUCCACUUCUGCUUAUCUGUAUUCAAUUCAGAUAUUGUAGGCAACCUGCUGAGACGUCAAAGAACGUCUAAGAUAACACUUGGAAGAAAGCGAUCAUGUUCUUUGACAUGUUGGUCUUUUUCUUGACAAUUGAAAGAGGUCUCUGAGGUGGUAAAUCGACGAAAAUGGAGCAUUUAGUGCAAAUUGACGAAAAGUUGUCAUCGCCUUUUAAGGUUGGAAGCAUGAUGACACAUAUUGAUCGUCAAGCCUUUUAACUUACAUUCGCUCUCAUUACCUUCUCUGAUUUAUUUGCUGCAGUGGAAGGAAAGAAUGGGAGGAAAUUCUGAUAAUGAAUUUGUCCCCACAAAUGCUUAUUUAUACUUGCUCAUAAGUUAUCUGUUCGAUGUAUAUUGGCAACUAACUUGUAAAUACAUUUUCUUUCCUUUUUAACUGAAAUGAUAAUUGAUGACUGCUUCCUGUAUUCCUUAUCUGAUCACUGAUUUUCUUCUGAAAUACAAUGUAGAUGCAUACUCAAUUUGUUCAAAUUUAAAGAAAGAGAUCCUUUGGGAUUC